AGCAGCAGCGGAGGACAAACAAGCAGCGAAGCUUUGGGAGCGCAGAGCGGGACAGUAUGCAUCGGUGUGUCAUCAGCCAGCAGGAGGUGCAAAGCUUCAUUGAGAGGUGUUUAACGGCGGUGGGGGCCAAACCCCACCAUGCCAGAAGCCUGGCUGAGGUGCUGGUAACAGCGGACUGCAGGGGCCACUACAGCCACGGACUCAACAGGAUGGAUAUGUACCUGAAGGACAUCCAGACAGGAAUCUGUGCAGUAGAAGGGGAGCCGCUGGUGGAGAAGGAAAGUGCUGCCACAGCGCUGGUGGAUGGGAAUAACCUCCUGGGACCCGUGGUGGGAAACUUCUGCAUGAAACUGGCCAUUAAAAAGGCCAAAGAGGUUGGAAUAGGCUGGGUGGUGGCACACGGCUCUAACCAUUUUGGAAUAGCUGGAUACUAUUCAAUGCAAGCGCUGAAAGAAAACAUGAUUGGAAUGUCCUUCACUAACACCUCUCCGCUGGUGGUUCCCACACGCGGCAAAGAAGUAAGUUUAUCAUUUCAUAAAUAAAGCCGCUGAUCAGGCCAGGACUAAUGCUGCCUUCAGACCGCAGCAAAGAAGCUUCUGCUGCUUCAUCUCUGA